AUUAUCGCAGCAACGCCACUAGGCGAAGUAAGCCAUAAACAAUACACACUCAUUCGCACCUGAAAUGAAAUAUACCAAUAAGUCUUCCGAAAUCAACCAAUCAAUUUUAGCUUCAGCCAUAGCAGAGCUCUGAUUGGCUGCUUGUGGAAUUAUGUUCCAAACAGUAUUUACAGUUCAAACAGCACAAUUCCCUUACCGUGCCGUUAGAAGCCAAUUGUUUUUGCAUUUGUUUAAGAGUGUUUGAACACGAAGGUCGAAAAAUAAGCGCAAAGAUGGACUUCUAAAACAAAUAAAAAUAUAGUGAAAAUUGAUUUAGCAAAAUUUUACUAAAAAUAUAAACAAACCUUGCGUUAAGUGAAAAUAAAUCAUGGCGCGUUACGAUCCACAAAUAUGUCGGGAUUCACCAAAUUGUUACAAUAACGAGAAUAUAUAUUUUAACGAUCUGCGGCUUAACGAUGUUUCAAUUAUUGAACAACAAUGGAGUGCUUCAUAUUGUUCUGAUUCGAGUAACAAUCCAGGCUGCUAUAUAACAAACGCUUGUUCGGGAGCAAAUUUAACUUCCAACUCAUUUUAUCGGUCGCCACAAUGUUGUUCUGAAUCAUCACCCAAAUUUGAUGAAACGGGAAAAGACUUUCAUGAGAUUUUACUCACACCCACUUCAACGAAAGAAGUAGCUGCUGUGCCUGCAGUGCGUAUAAUUAAGAAAAGAAAUACGGCCAACAAGAAAGAACGAAGAAGAACACAAAGUAUCAAUAAUGCUUUUACAUGUUUACGAGAAAAAAUUCCCAAUGUACCAUCAGAUACGAAAUUAUCCAAGAUUAAAACGCUAAAAUUAGCUAUACUUUACAUUAAGUACCUGGUUGAAGUGUUGGAUGGAGAUCAGGAUCCGAAAACAGGAUUUAGCGCUGAUUUGAGGCCACUACACAGAAAAAGUUCCAGUGACAAGAGAUCUUACUUAAAACAUGAUUUAAAGAAUAUGCAACGCUCAAAUAAAGGACGCACUGGUUGGCCUCAAGAUGUAUGGGCUUCCGAAUUAAUUCCUGAUCAAGAGUGAAUAAACGUUUUGUGAUUUCAACCGAACAAUUUUAUUGCUUGAAAUGCUGUUUGGUGUAUUUUGUUUAAUUAGAAUAAGUGUGACUUAAGUCAUAAUGUAUUUAUUUUAUAUAAAUUCGGUUAUUUUAUUAUGAAUCGUAACCCAAAAACCAGUUAAAAAUAAAAAAUAUGCAUAAAUUAAAA